GUCGGUGUUGUUCUUUGUUGUUGUUGUUUGGGUGUUGUUGUUUCCGAAGCAAGACAAGACCUGCCCGAUUUGAGCAAGAGACGCUGAAUUCGUUAGAAGUCCAUCGAGACUUUUUGUUCAGCGUAGGCUGUUGUCAACUGGAAUUAGAGUAUUAAAGUGGUGAUUCAUUCCUAUCAUGGACGACUACAGUAAACGUGAGAAGGAUAUUAUUCGGACUGGUAUUCAGGAGGCUCUUUUAUGCUCCGAGUUUGCUAUCAAGUACUUGGACCAAGGUCCUGGUCGGGAUCAACAUUUACAACAAAUUACGAACCUAGUGAAAAACUACUGUCUACUAGAUCAUCAUUUGCAAGCAAGGCCCAAUGUUAUUGCGUCAAUGUCUGCAAAUGAAGCUGCAAGGCUCGCACAAAGAGAGAAUGCUGAAAAUCCAGGACCUGUUGAGGACACUAUUCCUGAUUAUUCUCAAAUAUUUUCUCAGAAGGUUAAAGAUGCCACAAAGAAUGUCACUGUGGAAAACCAUGCUAAAUUUAAAGAUUUCCACAAGAAGGUUCAAGAACUUGUUAACAAACAGGAUGGAACCGGAGAUGGAGAUGAUGUAAUGUAUACUGAAGAAUCUGAGAACUAUCUUGAUCCUAUUUCUAAAACUGAGUUAGUUGAUCCUGUGAUCAGUACCAAAUGUAGACAUAGGUUUAGCAGGAAAAGUAUCAUGGAACAUCUGCGUGGAAAGAGUUUUGCACAGUGCCCUAUAAUGGGUUGUAGUGCUAAGUUCUCUGCUGAAGAUUUUGAAGAUGAUCUCGUCACUGCUCAAACUUUGCGACGACGGCAACUGAAUAAACAGAUCUAAUAGGAGUUACAUUUUAAGAGGUCCCUAAAUGUAUCUUUUUCUUCAAGUUCUUAAUUUAUGCCAGACCUUAAAAGUGGUUCCUGGGUUGAGCAUUUUGUGCCAUUGACACGACCAAUAUUUGUUUUGUCUUUAAUGUAUUUUUAUUUACUCUUGAACUAAACUCUUUUAUUUGCUAUUA